AUGGGUGGGAAAAGGACGUUGAGAAUGAGCAAGGCAGUCAUCAGCAUUUUGAGACAAGUUAUCGCUUUCCCCAGCGUAGAUGACCUGGAGGCAGUGGGAGCAGGUUUUACCCAGCUGGCAGGGUCUCCAGCUUUCAGUCUGCAGGCCAUCACUGACCACCAGGGGAAGUUCCUCGACAUUUUUGUUGGGUAUCCUGGGUCGGUGCACGAUGCCAGGGUGCUGAAGAACAGCCCUGUGUACACUGGCCGGCUGUUUCCUCCUGCAGGAAAGUGCAUCCUUGGAGAUGCAAAGACGGUGCAGGCUGCAGUCUUCACUCUUGUCAGCGGGUUUAUGCGGAGUGGCGCCCGCGCGUCUGGUCUGCGCAGCUCGCGCGGAUCCGGUCCACACCCGCCGGGCGGACUCAAUUCAGUUGUGGCGCGUAUGGUCUGCGCAGCUGUCCCGGAUCGGCGCCGCACCCGCCGGACGGACUGUCACAGUCGAAGCUACAGACAAGUCUGGCGCAGAGUUGGUGCAGAUCUGCAUAUUGAGUGCGACUGCUGCGCGAAUCUACUGAUUCGAAAACGGACCUGGCACAGAUGUAAAUGCUGUCUGGGGCUGCUCCUUUAUCUGUUAACUCUGUCUGGUGUUUUCGCCGGACGGUAUUUUAAUGAGAAUGAGCCCUGCUUCAAACCCCACCCGAGGAGACACCUACAAGGAGUGAAGACUGGACCACGUCCUUAUGAAUUUAUGGAUUUAAAAGACAUCCCCAAAGAAUGGGACUGGAGAAACAUAAACGGCGUCAACUACGCCAGCACCACACGCAACCAACACAUACCCCAGUACUGCGGCUCAUGCUGGGCACAUGGAAGUACUAGUGCGUUUGCAGAUCGUAUCAACAUCAAGCGAAAAUCGGCAUGGCCAUCUGCCUAUCUCUCUGUCCAGAAUGUGAUUGACUGUGGCGAUGCGGGUUCCUGCCAUGGUGGAGAUCAUUCUGGCGUUUGGGAAUAUGCAAACACUAAAGGCAUUCCUGAUGAAACCUGCAACAACUACCAGGCCAAGGAUCAGGAUUGUACCCCCUUUAAUCAGUGUGGAACCUGCACAACCUUUGGCGUGUGCAAUGAUAUAAAUAAGUACACUGUCUGGAAAGUUGGAGUAGGCAACUUCAGUGGGCUGGAACAGAUGAAAGCUGAGAUCUAUUCUGGAGGGCCCAUCAGUUGUGGGAUCAUGGCAACAAACAAGCUUGAUGCGUAUACUGGUGGCUUGUAUUCGGAGUAUGUAGAGAAUCCCAGUAUAAACCACAUCGUAUCUGUUGCUGGUUGGGGCGUCGAUGAGACUGGAGUGGAGUACUGGGUCGUCCGUAAUUCUUGGGGAGAGCCAUGGGGAGAGAAAGGUUGGCUCAGAAUUGUCACCAGUGCAUACAAGGGCGGCACUGGGAGCCAGAACAACCUCGCCAUCGAGGAGGACUGCAUGUACGGAGACCCCAUCAUACCCGAGAACUACCUGUAUGCAUCACAUGAUGAACUAUAAAAACAUUGACAGCCAAUAAGGAUCUAUCCGACUUUAAAAAGCUUAAGCACUUAAAAUGGCAGAC